AUGGCUCCAGUGAAGAUUUACCCUUACCAGUCAACUGAGAGACCAACAAACAGCCAUGUCGGGCCUGGCGAGAUUUCUCUGGGCAACUCUUCACACCCUUCAGAUAAGGUGAAAGAGGUCUCGCGGCUCAUUCUAAAUAUUUUCCUCGCGCAUGCUCUCAAUAAGUUUGAGUAUUCAAAGGAUCACCUUGAGGACUCACAGAAUGGCUUCCUUGCUGUCAUCGCUCGGUUUGUUGCCAAAGGAGAGCGGAUACAGGCUUGUCUUCCCGCUUUCCCCUUCAAGUCGGCCAACAAGGUAUAUAAGGUGCUUGGCAGUUUGCCGGACAUGGCAGAGAAGCUGGCCCUUGAACGAUUGAAUACGAUUUGUAUACGCAUUGAAGAAAUUUACAGUCCAGGCGCUGAGAUUGUCAUCAUCUCAGAUGGAAUUACCUAUAACGACCUGUUGUGCAUCUCUGAUCAAGAAACCUGGAUGUAUGGUGAAGCUCUGCGUAAAAUGGUCGUCGAAAAAGGAUUCAACAACAUCUAUUUCUCGAGAAUCAGAGACCUUCUCGACUUUCCGCUACCCGAGAAGUUGAAUGAGAUUGUCUACGUGGCUAACUGUACCACAUUCCGUCGCUUGCUCUUGAACAAGUAUGGCAAGGACAGCCUUGACAUCGACCAGGAAAUUGCCACGAAUCCAGAUACAAAGUUGACAUAUCUUGGAUAUAAACGCUUUCUGGAAUCGGAUCUUCAAUAUAUCUUUCCUCGAGGACAAGGUCGUUCCGCGCACAGCUACAAACGGGAUUGCAAGUACGUGGCCAAGCAGAUGCUCAUUAGAGGAUAUGCAUUUGCAGCGGCAAUCCGGAAUGCCUUCCCCAAUCACCUGCGUCUUUCAAUCCAUGAGUCUAUCUGCGGUACCAAGCUACCUAUCAGUUUACUGAAUACAAAAACUGGCUUCACGACCCCAUGGCACUGCAGUGUAGCCCAGUUGGCGGAUGGAGUAUGGGUUAGCGGUCCUAUGGGCGAAUUAAGUCAGGAUAGCCGUCUUGAACUUGUCCAUGUCGAUGGUAAACCCAGUCACUAUCGGGAAAAGCUUCAUCACGACAGCCUCCCUAUCAGCGAGGGAAAUGCAAGUUAUCUUCAAUCUGGCAAGUCCAUCCAUGUCAACCAAUAUAAGAAUGGAGCCUCAAGAGGGGCGCAAAUCACAUCUUCCUCCAGCGAAAUCUCGCUGUCUUCGUCCGAGGACAAAAUACCGGAAAGUGUUCUCACCACCCCAGAGAUUCAAUCAAACCACCUAUUCUCGCCAGAGAAUUCGGGAUUGAAUAUCACUUUGGACAAGGAAAUUGACUCUAUAGUACCGAGGGAGCAGUCAAACGAUACAUUGUCGAUUCCCUAUGGCAGCAGACUCAUUCCUCAGAUAAUGGACAGCCUUGCUGCUAAUGAGCCAGAGAAGCCAGUUUUCUCUCUCUCAACACUCGUGAAUGGGUCUCUCAAGCUCAAAGAUGUCUCCGCUCGGCUUUUCGCCAGAGCAGUGAACAAGACUGCUUGUUGGCUUCGUGAUCAGGUUGAGAUUCCGAACGGAACACAACCCGUCGCCUACAUUGGACCGCACGAUCUCCGACACAUAUUGUUGACGUAUGCAUGUAUCAAGACGGGAUAUGCGGCUCUUUUUCUAUCGCCGAAGAAUAACGCGGAUGGAGCUCUUGCAGUGUUAGAGAGGACGGGCUGUAACAUAUGGGUCAAUGCUGUCGACGCUUCGCCGCCAACCUUGGUCAAAGAAGUUCUCCAAAGACGAUCUAUGACUUGCUUACAGCUUCCUCUGCUCGACGAGCUUCUUGAUGCCGACUUUACUGAAGAUAUUCCAUAUACGAAGACGUUCGAAGAGGCUAAGAACGAUCCAUUUUGCAUCCUGCAUACGUCAGGAAGUACUGGGCCACCUAAGCCUAUUCCUUGGUCUCACGGGUUGAUCGGAACGAUGGAUGCAGUCCGUUUACUACCACCGAUUGGUGAAAAUGCUGAUCUUGUUCCAUGGACCUCUGACUGGCAUGAAGGAGAUAAGAUAUACUCCUCAUUCCCAAUGAGCCAUGGCGCUGGUAUUAUCAUGGAUAUUCUGAUGCCUGCACUUUUCAAUCUUCACUGUGUCUUAGGGCCAGUUGGGGUUUUGCCGAACCUCAAUCUUGUUGAAAGGUUGGCUUUGGAUGCGAAGAUUGAUAUAUGGAGCAUGGUGCCAUCUCUGGUGGAUGAGUUGGGUGAGACCCCCGAGAUUCUGGCAAAGCUCGAGCCGAGCAAGUUCAUCUGUGCAUCCGGCGGUCCUGUCAGCCCCAUCAGUGCUAGCAAAGUGAAUGAGGUAGUAAGAGUGCUCAAUCUGACAGGAACUACCGAAGGCCUUUUCAUUGGAAAUUUGAAAACAUCACGAGAAGACUGGUUCUGGUUUUGCUUUCAUCCCUACUCUGGCUUUGAAUUCAAAGAGCUGGAAGCGGAUACAUAUGAGCACUGGGUGCACCGCAACGAGCAUUGGCCUCUUUUUCAAGGCAUCUUUCACACUUUCCCAGACAAGGAUUCGAUCAAUUUCAAAGACCUAUACAUUAAGCACCCUACCAAGCCCAAUUUGUGGGCCUUUAAGGGAAGAAGUGAUGACCUUGUUGUCCUAUCAAAUGGAUAUAAAAUAUCACCGCUGGAGACGGAGGCAUUUAUUACCAUGCAUCCAGCCAUCAACGGAUGUCUGAUAUUCGGUACCGGAAAGCCUCAAGCGGGACUACUCGUUGAGUUGAAGGAUCCAUCGAACAAGCCACCCGAGCUUAUUGACAGUAUCUGGCAAACCAUACAGAAGGCCAACUCCAUGUCUCAGCACAAAAACCAAUUACUGAGAGAUUUUGUCACUUUCACAGUUCCCGAGAAGCCUUUCUUCCGGACGGAUAAGGGCACUGUGAAAAGAGCAGCCACCCUAGCUUUAUAUGCCGACUACAUUGAGCGUUUUUACGAUUCUCGCAGCGAUGAUAUAGAUGAAACGAUUAGUCUGGAUCUGAGGUCUGACAAUGCGAUGCAGGAAUCUAUCCGCACAAUAUUCAGCUCUUCACUCCCUGAAGCCCAAGUCGCCCCUCCGGAUGUAGAUCUUUUUUCACUUGGGCUCGACUCGCUCGGCGUUUUUGCGGCUGUUAAAAGUAUUCGGGUGGCUUCAGGUCUGGGCGAAAAGAUUGCACCUCGACAUGUUUACGCGAAUCCGACCAUUGCAAGCAUCACCUCCACCGUCGCCUUGUUAAUGACCGAGCUACAGAGUGCCAGAUCUAGUAUCCCACUUGAAAAAAAACUGGAUGAUCCUGCUGGGAUUAACGCCAUGAUCGCUCAGCACAAGGCGCGACAGUCCUUCAGGUUGAAUGCCUUCGACUACGUCAACCCCAAUCAUGGGAUGGGCAUUAUGCUCUACUUCUCUAUUCAUGAGGAAAUAUCAUUUGAGCAAGUUUUUUCAAACCUCCAACAGGGACUGAAUCGCACAUUUGAUAUGAUACCGGCUCUCAGUGGCAAAAUGAUGCACUGCUCCGAACAAGAGAUUGGUUACACUAAAGGAGACCUCUGCGUGACUAUCCCACCAAGUUCCAUGGCGGCUUCUGCUCACAAUCGUCUUGUGUACAAGGAUAUUUCGGACAUAGUUCCAUCUUUUGCGAACCUACGAGAAGCCGGCUUUCCCCCUUCGGCGUUCAAAGACGGUCUCGUACUGCGGGACGAUCCGUUCCCUCGAUUCCCAGCUGAUAUCUUCUCCGGUCAAGUGAACUUUGUCGCGGGUGGCUGUAUUAUCGCAGUUGACCUCAACCACUGCUGCCUCGACGGUCUGGGAGCUAUGGUCGUGCUCAAGGCUUGGGCAGAAAACUGUAGAUACCUGCAAGGGGACCGCUCUGCAACUUGCAGCUGGUAUGACCCCGAAAGCUUUAAUCACAGCCUACCGGAGAUCAUUCAUGAACAAGAAGGAUGGGCUCGGCCGGUAGAGGGAAUUGACCCUGGAACAUGGGGAUUCUUGCCUUUCUUCCCACCUGACGACAACACAAGGCCGAAAGGCGACUCAGUUGACAACACCACAUCCGCUACCAAGGGUCAUAUGCUACCACCUGUUCCUGAAUUUGCUUUGCACAAAGUUUGGCCCCUUCCCCGUGCUGAAAGAUGUCUCAAAACCACAAUGUUCCUGAUUGAGCCGGCCAAGCUUGAGAACAUGAAGCAAGAGGUCAUAACCGAUCCCGAAGCUAAGGGAGUCAUCACAUCAAUCAGUGACAUUGUGCAAGCCUUCCUGUGGCGAGCUGCUAUCAGAGUGCGAUAUAGAGUGGCCAAGGAGAUACGAAAGCAGACUUUCAGACCUGACGAGGUGUCUAUUCUUGAACUACCCACCGAUGGCCGCCCGUUCUUUUCUUCCUUAUUGCCCUCCACGUAUAUGGGAAGUCUGCUCAUUCUCAACCGAGCAACCAUGCCAAUUGAGAUACUCUGUUCAGAUGAGACCAGCAUAGGCCGCGUCGCUUACUUGCUGCGUCAGUCUGCUGCACGCAUCACCCCUUCAGUUGUGCAUGACGCGUUUUCGAUCCUGCAGUCUUUACCGGAUCAUAGUCGCUUCUCUACUGCUAAUAUGGGCAUUGAGCACAUGCACGCUAUGAUCUCCAACAUGAUGCUAUUCCCAAAUAGUGAGGUCUACUUUGGGGACUCGUUCUUUGCUAACGGCGGAUUGCCGGAAUCUUUGAGACCCCAACUUGAGCGCGGAAACGGGCGAUUUCGAUUCCUGGUAAUUCUUCCCAUCAGGGAAGAUGGAGGUGUUGAGUUUGUCCUGGGCACUCAUCCAGAGGAGCUGGACCUGUUCCAGGCGGACGAAAAUUUCACGAAGUACGCGAAACUUGUAGAUACUUGCUUCUGA